UCUACUGGCACCACCAACCCGCCUAUAAAACCCAAAUUUUCCACCGACGACAAGAUAAGAGCGAAGGGUGUGUAUGAGAGGGAUAAUAGGAGAGCGUCUGGUCGGGAUCAGCCCCACCACCGCCAUCAUCUCCACCGUUUCUGGUGGCAGGGAUCUGACUCUGAUUUCUUCGUUUUUUCUUUGAUCGACAGAACAUAACAAAAACAAAAAAGAAAAUAGAGUAGCAGCGAUGACGUCAUCGGCAGGAGCUGGAGGGAGGUUCAUGGCGUAUUCGCCAUCUCUCUCGGUACCUCACUCUCCUCACCUCGCCGGACUCCGCUCCGCAUCUUCCGCUAUCGCUGAGCAGGAGAACAGAUAUCUCUCUGAAUUACUGGCAGAGCGCAACAAGAUCAGUCCAUUUAUGCCUGUGCUUCCGCAUACCUACCGAUUGUUGAACCAAGAAAUUUUGCGUGUAACCACACUGUUGGGGAAUGCGUCAGUUUUAGGUCAAAGUGGGAUUGAACAUGCUAGCCCCCUGGCUUCUGGAGGACUAUUUUCAAAUGGAGGAGCUGAUGCGAAUUUAUGGACAACCCGUUUUCAAUCAGAAAUAUCAGGUUUAAUGCAGCCCUCUCCAUCACCAAAUUGGCUAGGUUCUCAAAGUAGUUCUUCUGGUCUCAUUGUCAAGAGAACAAUCAGAGUGGAUAUUCCAGUUGAGAAGUAUCCUAAUUAUAAUUUUGUUGGACGUCUCCUUGGUCCAAGGGGAAACUCUCUAAAGCGAGUCGAAGCAAGCACAGAAUGUCGGGUUUUAAUUAGGGGGCGUGGCAGCAUUAAGGAUCCAACUAGGGAAGAAGUGAUGCGUGGAAAACCUGGGUAUGAGCAUCUGAAUGAACCUCUCCAUAUUUUAGUUGAGGCAGAAUUACCUGUUGAAAUAGUUGAUGCACGCCUGAUGCAAGCACGUGAGAUACUUGAAGAUUUGCUGAAACCUAUAGAUGAAUCCCAGGAUUUCUAUAAGAAACAGCAGCUAAGGGAGCUAGCGAUGCUCAAUGGUACACUUCGUGAGGAAGGAUCUCCUAUGUCUGGUUCUGUCUCCCCAUUCCACAACAGCCUUGGUAUGAAGAGGGCCAAGACCAGGGGGUGAUGACUGUCCUAAGUGGGCUAUGGAGCUUGUGUUAGUUUCUGCGGGUACACAGUGGUUCCCAUACCAUACACAGGUGUUGCAAUGUCAGCACAAAUGCCUCAGACUGCCAUCGGGGCACUGGAACUGUUGUGUGCCAGUUCUAACUUGUUUCUAUAUGAAGUGUGUUCAUCUCCUGUUUGGGAGAGCUUAAAUACAGUAUCAGGUAGUAACAGAUCAGUUGGUUACUGGCGAUUUACAUUUUGUCGCUGUAGGCAACUUUGGUCUGAGCAUUAGAUCUCUGAGAGUAUCCAUGUAUUGAUUAAAACAUGUUUUUAAGCUUGCAAUGACAGUUUUGACACAGUGAUGGGGAUUUAUGCAAGGAACUCCGAGGUGUGGUUUGCACACAGGAAGAUCAGUCAGGCAAACCAUGGUUUACCCUAGUGCAUGUAUUUGAGUUGAAUUGUUUGUACUACCUAAGUGUAGAACCCGUUUAGAUUUGUUUUUCGAAGUCAUUCUUUGUUUUCCAGUAGAA